AUGGCUCCCUUACAGCACUCACACGACGGUCUUGACAGGCGGAAGGUUGUUGGUAUCAACGCCGAGACCGUCACCAAUAUCACGUCAACCGACUUCCCGGGUCACCAUGCGGGCGAGGACAACUCUUGGUCGACUGACAAAUUCGAGAACAAUCUGAAAAUACUCUUCCACCAGAAUCAAAGAAAUGAAGCCACAUUCUCCCUUGUCGGAGUCGACGCCUCUGUCGCCAACGCUUUCCGCCGCAUCCUGCUCGCCGAAGUGCCUACCUUGGCCAUUGAAAAGGUCUAUGUUCAGAACAACACCUCUGUGAUAGCGGAUGAAGUCCUCGCCCAUCGGCUAGGACUCAUACCAUUAAAAGGGAGCCUCGAGGGCCUCAAGGAGUUCAGAAUAUUUGUCGAGCCGCAUUCUGACAGUGGUUCGAAGGGGACGGGUUUGACGGAUAGAAACACAGUGGUGCUCAAGCUAAAGGUCAAAUGCGAACGAAACCCACAGGCCGACAGAAACGCGACAGAGCCAGAAGAAAAAUACAUAAACAGCAGCGUCUAUUCACGACAUAUUGAAUUCCAGGCCCAAGGGGUACAGGAAGUACUUUUCGACAAGGAACCGAUUCAAGCCGUUAGCCCAGAUAUAUUGAUCGCCAAACUACGGCCAGGUCAAGAAAUCGACUUGGUCAUGCACGCACACAUGUCCAAGGGUGGGGACCACGCGAAGUUCUCUCCUGUAGCAACUGCCACGUACCGCCUCCUGCCGACCAUCAACAUCACGAAACCCAUUCUAGGUGCAGACGCGGGAAAAUUCCAAAAAUGCUUUCCCCCGGGCGUGAUCGACCUCGAACGUGUGACACCCUCGGACGCCGCCUCGGACGAACCAGCAUACCACAACCGUGAGGGUGAUGAGAAGGCUGUCGUCAAAGACCCCAUGCGCGACACCGUUUCAAGAGAAUGCCUCCGGCACGAGGAGUUCAAGGGGAAAGUCAAGCUGGGUAGAGUACAAGAUCAUUUCAUCUUCAACAUUGAAAGCACCGGCCAGUUCCCGAGUGAUGUCUUGUUCUUGGAAAGUGUCGAUAUCUUGAAGAAGAAGGCAACGAGACUGUUGAAGGCGUUGGAAGAAAUCGGGAAAUGA